AUGUUUCGAAAAAAAAGACCUUCACAUUUACAGUUACCUGAUUCGAUUGACAAAUUAUCUACUCCUGCCAUUUUAUCUUAAAGAACACCUCUUUCUCUGUAAAGUCCGAAAUCACCUCCGAUUAUACAUAGGAUGAAGUCUUUUUAGAUUACUACUCAUCGCAAAUUACCAGAAAAUAGUUUUGCUUUCGAUGAUCUUGUCAAAACACCCUUUGAUGAAGAAAUCAUGAGAUUCAAACACAGAAGUACUGCCAAUCAGCAUCUGCGAUUAGAAUCCAUCUACAAAUUUGUCUAUGAAAAGAAACUCCAUGGAGCCACUAAAUAUAAUUUGAAUCCGAAAUCUCAUUAAUAGGCUCUACCUGUUCCAAAUGGUUCCAUUAGCAUCAUGCUUAAUAAAUAAAAAAAAGAUCAAGGCUUUAGCAUCUCUCAAUUUAAAAAGAAGAUCCCCCCAAAGUCUAAAUUUAAAAUGAAAUGGAAAACUAUUUAAUGGAUAUUACUGAAUCGAAAGGAUGCAAUCGAUCAAAUCUUUUCUAAUUAUCAGAAAAUUAUCCAAAAAGCCAAAGACAAGAAAGAAGGUAUGAAUAAAGAAGAGUUUUCUGAACUUUUGAAUUCUGUCUAAUUGGGAGCAGAUAGAAAUCUUGCUGAAAAGUUGUUUUAUGUUUUCGAUGAAGAUCAAAGUGGUACAGUUGAUUAUAAAGAAUUAAUCGUUGGUUUAGAAGUAUUAAAAGAUGACACCAUAGAGGAGAAAUUGAAAAUAUUCUUUGAUUUAUGUGAUCUUGAUGGUUCAGGUAAAAUAAGUGAGAAGGAAAUCUUCAAUGUUUUAAAAUCAAAUAUUGUUUCUGAAAGCGAUAAAUACUAAUUGAGAUAAAGCAUUAAGGAAAUGAUUAAGAAUUGUGAUUCAAAUGGAGAUGGGGAAUUGGAUAAAUAAGAAAUUCUAGCGGCAGCAAGCAACAAUGCAGUGUUAAGAAGAUUACUGGAACAAACUAUUUCGAAUGUGAAAAGAAUAGAUACAAUCAUUCAAAAUGACCUAGAAGAACCAUUUCAUUAAUUCGUACCGGCAACUGCUCAUUUCGUCUAAUAAAAAGAAGGAAUUCAUUUCCCCACUCAAUAAAAAAUAUUGGAUAUGAUAUAAGAAAUGGAAUCUAUCCAUGAAACUGCAAGAGAAUAUAUCACACCUAGAAACAAACAUAGCUCACUUCAGAAUAGUCAAUUCUAUUAGGGAUUAUAAGAAACUAAAAACUUAGACGAUUCUCAAAAUUGA